AUGCUUGAGGAGAAGGCCUCCGCUGUGAGCGACGAGCGUCUGAGCCGGCUGCAGAGCGGCGAGGAGGCCGGCCUGCUGUCCGACCAGGCCCGGCUGGCCCUGUCCACGGCGCCCGGCGGCCCCGGCUCCACGGAGCCAGACCAGAACAUCGAGAACAUCAAGGUGGUUCUUCAUGAGAGGGAACUGUGGAAGAAGUUCCACGAGGCCGGCACCGAGAUGAUCAUCACCAAGGCAGGAAGGAGGAUGUUUCCCAGCUACAAGGUCAAAGUUUCUGGAAUGAACCCCAAAACCAAGUACAUCCUCCUGAUCGACGUCGUGCCGGCCGACGACCACCGCUACAAGUUCUGUGACAACAAGUGGAUGGUGGCGGGCAAGGCGGAGCCGGCGAUGCCGGGCCGGCUCUACGUUCACCCCGACUCCCCCGCUGCCGGAGCCCACUGGGCCAGGCAGCUGGUGUCCUUUCAGAAGCUCAAGCUGACCAACAACCACCUGGACCCCUUUGGACACAUCAUCCUGAACUCGAUGCACAAAUACCAGCCCAGGCUCCACAUAGUGAAAGCUGAUGAGAACAACGCCUUCGGAUCCAAGAACACAGCCUACUGCACUCAUGUCUUUCAUGAGACGGCGUUCAUCUCCGUCACCUCCUAUCAAAACCACAAGAUUACUCAGCUGAAAAUAGAAAACAAUCCAUUUGCCAAAGGGUUCCGUGGCAGUGAAGAGGGAGAGCUGCGUGUUUCAAGACUACAAGGGAAAGAAUAUCCGGUCAUUUCCAAGAACAUGGUCCGUCAGAGGCUCAUCUCCUCACACAGUCAUCUCACAGGGAAGCUUGGAGCCGGCGUCCUGGCAGGCCACCCUCAGGUCCUGUCCUCUUACCAGUACGAGACCGGAGUCCCUCUGUCCGGCUCCAACUCCCAGGAUCCCAUCUCCGGCCACUUCCCUCCGAGCCGAGAGCCCGGCCUUCUGUACCACUGCUUCAAACACAGAGACAACGCCCGACACCUGGAGCUGGGAUGUAAGCGACCAUACCUGGAGACGUCGUCAGCGGUCCCAGAGGAGCAUUACUUCCGGUCGCCCCCCUCCUAUGAGUCCCCCUUACUGUCCCACCCGUACUGCGCCGAGGCCAUCAGCUCCAGAGAGGCCUGCAUGUUCAGCAGUAUGGAAACGGAGUCUGGAUCCGGGUCAGCGGACACGGACGACCCCAACAACUCCCCCUCUAUCAAUUGCAACAUGUGGGCCAGCGUGCAGCCGUACCCUCGUUACGGGGUCGAGGGGGUCCCGUACCAGCCCUUCGCCGCUCACUUCUCCAGCGCCGCCUCGGUCACCUCCGUAGUGCCACAUCCCGCCCCGGCGAUGGUGUCACGAGCGCAGCCCGACCUGGGCGUCUACAGCUCGGCCACGGCCCAGAGGGGUCUGCCCGUCAUCCAGCCCUCGUCCUCCUCUUCACCCUGCUCCUCUGCCGGUCCCGGGUCCAGAGAGAGACCAGGCCAUCCUCCUCUGUACCACAAGAAGCCCGGCUCGCCACCGCGGCCUCACAGAGAGUUUACCACCUAUUCAGCACCGGGAACCGUACCCAUCAGGGACCCGUCCUACCAGUACCAGGUGGGCCUCGGCACCACAGGGAGUCACUGGACUGACAGCUAA